AUAUUGAGAAUUUAGAAAAUAAUUUGCAAAAAGGACCUUAUGGAAGAUGUGUUUACGAAAGUGAUAAUGAUGUUGUAGAUAACCAAGUUGUUAACCUAGAAUUCGCUAAUGGUUCGACUGCAAAUAUCACUAUGAUAGCGUAUACUGAAGCUAUUACUGAAAGAAAGAAGGAAAUAUUAGUGCCAACAGAUAUUCUUGGUGUUAAAGAUCUAAGUGGUCAUGCUGGUGGUGACAUGGCGCUAAUGCGAGCAUUUGUUUACUCUAUUAAUGGAGCAUCAUUAGGUAUUACAAACAAUUCGAAUAAUUUGUAUAUAAAAACUGGUAUUCAACAAGCUUUAGAGCAUUCCAGAAAAACUGGCGAAACAGUUAGAAUUCAGGAUUAUAAAACGAUGAAAGGAAUUGAAUAUUAA